AUUUAAUCCCGGCGACUGCAGCAGCGCCGGCUCCCUCCCGGUACCCGCCUCGGCCCCGGGCUCGGAAGCCGCUCCGGGGGCGCCCUUUUGGACAGCGACGCCGUCUACCCAGUGCCCCCGGCCCCAGUCUCUGGAGACCCAGGCUCGCCAGCGCCCAGCCAGGGAGGCUGCCAGGAAGCGCGAUGGGGGCCCCUUCCGCCCUGCCCCUGCUCCUGCUCCUCGCCUGCUCCUGGGCGCCCGGCGGGGCCAAUCUUUCCCAGGACGGCUACUGGCAGGAGCAGGAUUUGGAGCUGGGAACUCUGGCUCCACUGGACGAGGCCCUCAGCUCCACAGUCUGGAGCAACCCUGACCUGCUGGCCAGUCAAGAUAGCCAGCCCUGGACAUCCGAUGAGACCGUGGUGGCUGGCGGCACGGUGGUGCUCAAGUGCCAAGUGAAAGACCAUGAAGACUCAUCCCUGCAGUGGUCUAACCCUGCCCAGCAGACUCUAUACUUUGGGGAGAAGAGAGCCCUUCGAGAUAACCGGAUUCAGCUGGUUAGCUCCACUCCCCAUGAGCUCAGUAUCAGCAUCAGCAACGUGGCCCUGGCAGACGAGGGCGAGUACACAUGUUCCAUCUUCACUAUGCCUGUGCGAACCGCCAAGUCCCUUGUCACUGUGCUCGGAAUCCCACAGAAGCCCGUAAUCACCGGUUAUAAGUCAUCGUUGCGGGAAAAGGAGACAGCCACUCUCAACUGUCAGUCUUCCGGGAGCAAACCUGCAGCCCAGCUCACCUGGAGGAAAGGUGACCAAGAGCUCCAUGGGGAGCAAACACGAGUCCAGGAAGAUCCCAACGGGAAGACCUUCACCGUGAGCAGCUCAGUGUCCUUCCAGGUUACCCGGGAGGACGAUGGAGCGAACAUCGUGUGCUCCGUGAACCACGAAUCUCUCAAGGGAGCUGACAGAUCCACCUCUCAGCGCAUUGAAGUUUUGUACACGCCGACAGCCAUGAUUAGGCCGGAACCUGCUCAUCCUCGUGAAGGCCAGAAGCUGUUGUUACAUUGUGAGGGGCGUGGCAAUCCAGUCCCCCAGCAGUACCUGUGGGUUAAGGAAGGCAGCGAGCCACCACUGAAGAUGACCCAAGAAAGCGCUCUCAUCUUCCCCUUCCUGAACAAGAGUGACAGUGGCACCUAUGGGUGCACAGCCACAAGCAACAUGGGCAGCUACACAGCCUACUUCACCCUUAAUGUCAAUGACCCCAGUCCGGUGCCCUCAUCCUCCAGUACCUACCACGCCAUCAUCGGAGGGAUCGUGGCUUUCAUUGUAUUCCUGCUGCUCAUUCUGCUCAUUUUCCUUGGACAUUAUUUGAUCCGGCACAAAGGAACCUACCUGACACACGAAGCGAAGGGCUCCGACGACGCCCCAGAUGCGGAUACAGCCAUCAUCAACGCAGAAGGCGGGCAGUCAGGAGGGGACGACAAGAAGGAGUAUUUCAUCUAGGGGCACCCACACACCUUCUGCGCCCCCCAGGGGCCCCGUGGGGACUGCUGGGCUGUCACCAACCUGGACUUGUACAGAGCGACCCCAGGGCCGCCCCUCCCGCUUGCUCCCUGGCCCACCCAGCCCCCUGUACAGAAUGUCUGCUUUGGGUGCGGUUUUGUACUCGGUUUGGAAUGGGGGGGGAGGAGGGCGGGGGGGAGGGGUGGGUUGCCCUCAGCCCUUUCCGUGGCUUCUCUGCGUUUGGGUUAUUAUUAUUUUUGUAACAAUCCCAAAUCAAAUCCGUGUCCAAGGCUGGAGAGGCAGGGGCCAUGGGGCUGAGGAGAGCAACAAACGGGCAAGGUUCAGAGAAGGAAGUUGGAGGGAUUAGAAAUGAAUGAGGAGUAGCGCUGGUUUGGAGGGUGGGGAUCUUAACACAGCCCUCCUUCCUUCCAUUUUCGCAACAAAAUCAGCCUCCCGGGUAGCUCCAAGGAACCUGGGAACGGAAGUAGGAGCUUGUGGCGGCUCUUCCUCUGCCAGCCAUGUACUACAGACAGGGAAACAGGUAUUAUUGGAGUGACAAACCUCUUCCAUUACGUAAGAAAGGACUGAGUAGGAGAGUCUUCAAGAAGAUGUGACCUGAAGACAGCAUGCAGCCACACAGGGAUCCUGGGCUUCAACAUGUCCCUCCCAGAGAGAGUAGAUUUCAAGGGAGAGAGGAUUGUGGAAAUGGCCCUGUCCACCCAUUACCCUGACGUGAUAAACCAAGCUAGGCUCUUUUAACAGAGUCUGCCCCUGGGGGACAGUAUAGCUCAGCUUUCUCUCCUAGCUCCAGCAGCUGUGGAAAGAGGCAGCGGUGAGCCUGAACAAGUGUCUGCUGCCCCCACCAUGGAGGGGCCCCUCACUCUUACCCGAGACCCUGGACUGUUGCACGGCAACCGCAUUGCUCGGCAACUCCUCCUCCUCCGCCCUGUGUCACCCUGUGCCCUUUCCUGUUCCCUGUGCCAGCCCUCAGUCCCUCCUCCCUCAGCAGCCAGGCAGACAUGACAACAAAAUUACUAAAAGGAGCUUCACUGCAGUGAGCUGUUUCCUGCCCAAACCGAGGGAAUAAUGUGAACUCUGUGCGUGUGUGCAUGUGUGUGAGUGUGUGUGUAUGUGUUUGUGUGUGUAAGUGUGCAUGGCUGUGUGUAGAUGUGUGUUUAUGUGAACAAGAAGCAAAGAGAUUGAGAGGAAGGACAGGGGUCCUGGGUGUGUGCAGACGGCAUGGGACAAGUGAGGUGGGCUUUGGGAGUGGAUGGUUUCCAGUCAGGGUUUGUCUACGGCGGGGGGCUGCUCCAUCCAAGUCAUUCCCAAACCACUCUAGAUGUCUAUCUGAGAAAGAGAGGGGUCCCAGUAUGUGGUUUGCCCUGCUGUGCAUUUGCCCCUCUCUGAAAUACCACACUUUCACCACCCUUCCCUGGACCUCCUGUCUCUGAGCCACGGAGCCGGGCCCACAGCCUCCGCUAUGCACCCUCAAGUCUCUCCCUGGCACUGACCCUGGAUUCCCAUCCUCUCUGACUAGGGAACUGAGUCCCCCUCACAGCUUUUAGUUUACCGUCUUCCUUCUUAUGGCCAAGCUGGUUGCUGCGGAGAUGAGAUUGCUCACCCUCUCCAUCCUGGCUGGCCUGUCCCUUAGACCUAGGAUGCUCUUGGCAUCCCUCUCCCCACCCUCCAGCAUGUCCUCCCUGCUCUGACAACAGGUGUGCAAAAUGGGGCAGCUGCAAUCCAGCAGGCCUGCCCAUUCCUUCAGUUCAGGUAAUACCUUCAUAAAUCUUCCAGCCCUUGGUUAGGGUCCUGGGUGCCCCAGGCAGCUCCUUGCUUAAGGCAGGACUUCUCCUCUUAUAGCAGCAAGGGAGCCCUGGGCCUCCAUGCUGGGCUCCUUUUUAGGCUCCUUGUCUCCCAGCACCUGCUUUUGGGAAAGCAACUUUUCCUCUUUGAGCUGAACCACUCUGUCCAUAUUACACAGAAGCCAUAUUUGUACCAGGCGGGGCGGGGAGGGGAGGGAGAGGGGGCCGUUGUGUUGUGUGUGUCUGUCUGUGGGCAGGGGUGGGGGAAGGGAGCAGGGAAGGGAUCGUGUAUCUUUAUAAUCUUUCUAACUCUCCUGUGCUAAUCUCAGAGGGACCACCCUCAAUAUAUCUGGAUUAUCCAUGUGGUCAGGCUGCCUCCUUUCUGCUACUCUCACUGCUGGCUGGGCUGCAUGCAAAUGAGGACUGUCCUCAUGUCCCUGGCACCUGGCACUCAAAGGGUACUGCCUCUUUGCCAUGCCACUCUCUGGAGCACCUAUGAGUGGGGUCAAAGGAGAGUGUCUGAGUAUUUUGCUUUCCGAAGUACAUUUGCAUUUAAAGCGUGUCAUCCAACUGCUACCCUGUUACCCUCUGUCCAGCAAGGCUGACCAACACAGGGGUGGAGGUGAAGACUCCACCAACACCAUCCAGGAAGUAGAGCUUCACUUUUUUUUUUUUUUUUUUUUUUUUUUUUUUUUUUACCAACUCCCUUUCUAGCUCCCUCCUGUUAAAUCUGAAAAUUGACCUUAGUAGUCAAUUCUUCUGAAGCUCAGUCUGAGCGGCUUAAUGGGAAGCCACAUACCACAUACGGGAACAUGUACCCUGUAUUUCUCCUGGCCAGAGAAACACCAAUUUUACCUCCCAUCAGAAACUUUACGUAUUGCUAAGAUGCCAAGCCAAUGAAGUAUUCUCACAGCCUGUGUGUCUCACAACAGAAUAUGAAUAGAGAUUACCCAGUGGGCUAUAGUCUCACAUUAAAGUAUGUUAUCCCGUGA